CCACAAGGACAAGUACGAGAAGCUGCGGGCAGACGUGGCCAUCAAGCUCAAAUUCUUGGAGGAGAACAAGGCUGAGGAGCCACCAUGGCCCGCCAUGAGCCCGCCAGCCCGGUGGUGCGGCAGAUUGACCAGCAGUUCCUGAUCUGCAGCAUCUGCCUCGACCGCUACUGCAACCCCAAGGUGCUGCCCUGCCUGCACACCUUCUGCGAGAGGUGUCUGCAGAACUACAUUCCGGCCCAGAGCCUGUCCCUGUCGUGCCCCGUGUGCCGCCAGACCUCGAUCCUGCCUGAGCGGGGUGUCCCGGCGCUGCCCAACAACUUCUUCAUCACCAACCUGAUGGAGGUGCUGCAGCGGGACCCCGACCCCCGCGGGGCCCCCCCUGCGCCCCUGCCCCCCCUGGGCGCCGCCACCGGGCAGCCGCUCUGCUGCCCCAACCACGAGGGAAAGGUGAUGGAGUUCUACUGCGAGCCCUGCGAGACGGCCAUGUGCCGGGAGUGCACGGAGGGGGAGCGGCGGGAGCACCGGGACCACCGCACCGUGCCGCUGCGCGACGUGCUGGAGCAGCACAAGGCAGCCCUGCAGCACCAGCUGGACGCCGUGCGUGCCAGGCUCCCGCAGCUGGCGGCAGCUGUGGGGCUGGUAGCCGAGAUCAGCCGGCAGCUGGGGCAGCGCCGGGCUGAGGCUGAGGCGGAGAUCGGGAGCAGCUUCGAGGAGCUGGAGGCAGCGCUGCGGCAGCGGCGGGAGGUGCUGCUGCGCGACCUGGAGGCCACCUGUGCUGCUAAGCAGCAGGUGCUGGAGGCGCAGCUGGAGGUGCUGCGGCAGGGCCAGGAGAGCAUCCUGAGCAGCUGCGCGUUCACGGAGCAGGCGCUGCACCACGGCUCGGCCACGGAGGUGCUGCUGGUGCAGAAGCAGAUGGGCGAGCGGCUGCGGGAGCUGGCGGCGCGGCCCUUCCCCGAGCACCCGCACGAGAACGCGCAGCUCGAGUUCCACGCCGAGCCCGAGGGGCUGCGCCGCUCCAUCCAGAACCUGGGCGCGCUGCUGACCACCAGCGCCACGGCGCACACCACGGUGGCCACGGGCGAGGGGCUGCGCCAGGCUGUGGUGGGGCAGCCCUGCUCACUCAGCGUCACCACCAAGGACAAGGACGGGGCGCUGGUGCGCAGCGGCGGCGCCCGCCUGCGCUUCGCCGUGACGGGCCCCGACGGCGCCGCGGCCGAGGCCGAGGUGCAGGACAACCGCAACGGCACCUACGAGCUGGUGUACACCCCGCGCAACGAGGGCGACUUCGUGCUGUCCAUCCUGCUCUACGGGCAGCCCGUGCGCGGCUCCCCGUUCCGCGCGCGCGCCCUGCGCCCCAGCGACGUGCCCCCGUCCCCCGAGGAGGCCAAGCGCCGCGUCAAGUCCCCGGGCGGGGGGCACGUGCGGCAGAAGGCCCUGCGCCGCCCCGCCAGCAUGUACGGCAGCGCCAAGCGCAAGGAGAACCCCAUCGAGGACGAGCUCAUCUUUCGCGUCGGCAGCCGUGGCCGGGAGAAGGGCGAGUUCACCAACCUGCAGGGGAUCUCCACAUCCAGCGCCGGCCGCAUCGUUGUGGCUGACAGCAACAACCAGUGCGUGCAGGUGUUCAGUAACGAGGGGCAGUUCCGGCUGCGUUUCGGGGUGCGGGGCCGUUCCCCAGGGCAGCUCCAGCGCCCCACAGGGGUCUCAGUGGACACCAAUGGUGACAUCAUCGUGGCCGACUACGACAACCGCUGGGUCAGCGUGUUCUCACCUGAGGGCAAGUUCAAGACAAAGCUGGGUGCGGGGCGGCUGAUGGGCCCCAAGGGCGUCGCUGUGGACAAAAACGGGCACAUCAUCGUGGUGGACAACAAGGCUUGCUGCGUCUUCAUCUUCCAGCCCAACGGCAAGCUGGUGGCACGGUUUGGCUCCCGCGGCACCGCCGAGCGCCAGUUCGCAGGACCCCAUUUUGUGGCUGUCAACAACAAGAAUGAGAUCGUGGUGACAGACUUCCACAACCACUCUGUGAAGGUGUACAAUGCCGAGGGUGAGUUCCUGUUCAAGUUCGGCUCGCACGGCGAGGGCAACGGGCAGUUCAACGCACCCACGGGGGUGGCUGUGGACAGCAACGGCAACAUCAUCGUGGCUGACUGGGGCAACAGCCGCAUCCAGGUGUUUGACAGUGCGGGCUCGUUCCUGUCCUACAUCAACACGGCGGCUGACCCGCUGUACGGCCCGCAGGGGCUGGCCCUCACCUCCGAUGGCCACGUGGUCGUGGCUGACUCGGGCAACCACUGCUUCAAGGCCUAUCGCUACCUGCAGUGACGGCCAGGGCACCGGGCACGGCACCGGGCACGGCAGCAGGAGCCUGCAGCUACACCGGGGGCACGGCUGCCCCGCGGCCUCGCCUGCCCCCCAAGCGCCAUCCUGGCUUCAUGUGCACUUUAUCCCAGGGGGC